UCUCUAGCCGCGAGUGCGAGGGAGACACUAUUUAACUGACGACGAGCCCAGGCGGUGCUGCAGGGUGAUUCUGUGCACGAUUUUCCAUCAGUAUAAUUUGUUAAUUAAUUAAACGUGAUGUUUGAUAAAUUUUUGGUCGGAUAGUCACAGCACAGAGCACAAUACUGCCGUUACCAUUCAUGUGGAAACAGGCGAGCAGUUUGAAGAAAAUUGGUUAGGUUCUUCGGGAUUUGCCAUUCGCCACGCAAAUUAAUUCUACAAAUUAUUUGAUUAAUUAAUGAUGAAUUGGACUUUUUUGAUUGGAAAGUUUAUAGUGAAUUAUGUUGAUCGAUUUUGGAGAUAAGAAAUAACCAAAGUUUCUCAAUUUGAAAGUGAAAAAUUAAAGGAAAUUUUGAAAUUUCCUCAUCGGAUUUUUCUUAUUGAAGAGGGAAGCCUGAAAUGUCGGGAAUCCGAAUCCACGUAGAGAAAGCAUCUUGCAACAAACGCUGUCCAAUCGAUCCUAAAACCGAGCCAGGAUACGGUGCAACAAUGAUGGCAGUUGGUGAGCCCAAAGGUUCCUGGCAUAUACCGAGACCAUCACUCGUUGGGCGUAGUGAAAAGGAUAGUGACAAUGGUAGCAAUUGGGCACAACAUCAUUUACAUCCUAAUUCACCGUCCCGGAGUUCCACAUCAACCGCAAGCACACAUAGUGCUGCAUCAGGUACUCUGCUGCUGACAGCAGCAAACUUGGCAACACUCGCAACAAUGCAUCCCCCUCGUAUAACCUCUCCAAAAACACUGGAUAGUAUAUCAGUGGCCAGUAGCACCCAUUUCACUGUCGUUAAUGGGUUAGGAAGACCUAUGGCAGUAUAUAAGAAGUCAUGGUGCGCCAGACAUCAGCUCACGGUGCUUGUAUGCACCAUGAGCUUCUUGUUCAUGGUGGGACUUUUCGCUGGUAUCCUCUGGAUGGAAAUCAGAGCUCGUGAUAAGUACAACUAACUACGCAUCACGACGAAUAUCUCUUGUGGAGUCCCAACUUCGAUGAAAUCCGCUCAAGAAAACGCACUUCCUCAAGCAGGAUCAUAUUUUUAGUAUUAGAAUAUAUUGAAUUUCAAGAUUUUGAUUUUGAAUGGAAUUUUGACAUGCUGUAUAUAAACUGUAUUACGCUUGUAUCAAAUAUGUGGUACGUGACAGUCAAGUAAUUACAUUAUUCGUAAUAGUUAUGACGUAAAUAUGCCGAUGAAAUGGCUGGAGAUUAAACUCAUGUGACAAUUUACAAUUAACGCAUAAUUAGAAUUAUUGUUUGUAUGAAUUCUUAUUCUACUUGGUUAUCGGUCAGACACUCAUGAAGAACCAAGUGAUUUUUUACUGAUACCAAGCGCGACGAAUUCAUUCAAAACAUUGUAGCAGUCCGAGGGGGCCAGCUCAAUUUGUAACAAUUUCGUCAAAUUUCUAAAUGAUUUUUUUAGUCCUGGAACUGAUUAUGUAAGAUGUUCAGAGGAUAUAAUUUAAUGUCUACUUAUCUUAAAAAUUAUUCAAAUAAAUUGCACAAAAUUUCAAUAAGUAGAGUCCCCAAUUAGGACAAAAAAGGGAUGAAAAAGAAAUUAAUGAAAGUAUAAAAUAGUACAUUUCGUCAUGUGGUCUAAAAAAGAGCCGAAGGAAAGUGUUGUAAUCAUAUGACGCAAAAAUUUUGCCUUGACCGAGUAACGAAAGAUAUUUUUUGUCACUCUGGUCGUAAGGCAGCGUUUUAGGCGCGUGUGCCUGCGGCGUGCCGUCGGCACACCUGCCUAAAACACAGCCUACGACCCUCGUGACAAAAAAAAAAAGUUCGACACACGGGCGCAGAAAAUUUUUCUGACUCAUAUCAAUGGCAUCACUCGCCUCCGGCUCGUGCUGCAAACUCAUAUUCGCCAGAAAAUUUUUCAUGCGCCCUAGUAUCGGAAUGUACUAUUUCAUUAUGAAGCUCGUGAAAUGGUUCUUCAUGAGUAGACUAACGAAAGCUGAACGUUUGUUCGAACGAGCGAAGAAGAGUAAAACUGUGCUCUUCCUGUCUGUGAUAUUACUUAUGUAUUAGAUGGUUUCCCCACUUAGUAAAGUAUCUAAGAAUCGGAAAAUUGUCGAGUUAAUUUAUUGAUCCCAUUGUUUUGUGUUUUAAUGGUGGAAAGGAAAUGAAUCUACGACAGAUUUUCAGAUUAUUUUAUGAAUAUCUUCGAAAGGACGACGUUAGCAAGAAAAUAGCGGGA